CCUUGAAAGAUCUCGCUUUCCAUUUCACAGUCAGGCCCUUCUUCAUCAGGCGGAUGCUGUAUGGUUUUAUUGGUUAGAUAACCCGUAUGAAGUCGCUCUUGCUGGCGAGCCGGAGUGCUGUCGAGAUGUGGAAGGCAUUGCAGACGUUGACUGCAUCUGGCAACAUAUGAAACCAUAUCAAAGUCAUGGCCAUGAACAUAGCUUGGCUUUUGCUACUGGCGGGCAGCGAUUGUGUACUACUCCAAUAUGGUGAAGAUCUAUUUCAUUGUGCCCCUAUCCGUGCUUUGUACAAAGAUAGUUGGAUUGUCUCAUUUAUAUGCCUCAUGGGAGGAAGUAUCCAGGCUUGUUUCCGAAACUGGAUCGUUCAAAGACCCAGCGGAAGCAGCCUCUGGAUACCCAUCACCACUCCCCGUUCUAGCGGGAGGGGUUGGUUAGGACGCUGGGUCCUGUGCCCAGUCGUGGUUUUUCAGGUUGUAGUUCUUUUCCUCAUUUGCCUUUUUUGGCUCAUUUCAUUGCCGUCGUUUUAGUCUCACAGUCGCAUUCUUUCAGUUUCAAUAUAUUCACUUCUUCAUUGUCUAGCCUCCUACCAACCACUCCUUUAUGGAGAGUCCAGA